CUCAUGACAGGCCCCUUUACGGAAUAGCCACUGAGGUGGGGGAUCCCCUUUUUGGUAUGCCUUAUAUGUAUAUAGGAAAAAUCUCCAGGAGCCAAUAAUCUUUUAUAAACAGACAGAGAGACAGACAGACAGACAACAAACCAAGGCUCCAUUGAGUCAGAAUAUCUCACGCUCUACUGAAUAUGCUCUGGCCAAAGUGCCACCUCUACUAUGGCCAGCAUUGGCUAGAGGGUCGACUGACUUCCAAAUUCUAAGAGGCCUUGGAUUCUUCCUCUGGCACAGGGAAGGUGCUGCAAGGCUCCCUGGUUUAAGCCUUUGUCUGCCUUCUCUGCUGCUCCUUUUCCACUUCCGUACCUUCUCUGCAGCCCACUCAACACUCACCUUUCUAAAGCUCCAGACUAAAAGGUAAACCAUAAAACCAUUUCUCUGGCUGGCAGAAGAGUGCCUGUUGCAUAGCACCACUUCCUAGCCUCCCCUCCCCCUGGCCACUCAGCUGCGGCUCUCCAGCCAGCCAGACUCAGCCCUGUCCAGAUCAGGGAGGUUGCAGCUGGUCCAGGAUGCUUAUAUUCAGGUUCCCUUUCUGUGGCUCCACUCUGAAUCACCUAACAGCUCAUGGCUGCUGCUCUCUAACCACUCUGAGAGGCUUUCUGUCUAGACAACCUUCCACCGGUAUCCACCUCCUCUCCACUGGCAUUCUCCUUGGGGUUGCCUGUUCCAUUGUUUCCCCAGUAGGAUUUGCCUCCAGCCUGCCUGAGGUAACCGGCCACUUCUCCCUCCACCUCUUACAAACACAGCUUCUCCUCUCCCCCACUGCCAAAGUGUGGCUAACAUAAAACCAUGGGUCACCUUCCCUAAUAGUCUAGGAUGCAAAGCCCUUCCUUCCUUACUGUUCACUCCUACUGAGUAAGUCCUGACUCAUCCCUUUAGCUGCAUUUUAAAAGAGCCAAUUUGUGUUCAGUACUCACUUCUAAAUUCCCUUUUUAGCCUACAAUCACCCUCAGCCACAUCUCUUUCUCUUCCUCUUCCUACUUCAAGGACACAUCCAGCAGAGACCCAAAGCUGCAAUCCCCUCUUCUUGAAUUCUGCCCCCACCUUUACCCCAGUCUCCCACCCAAGGAAGCUCUCUGCAAACUUAGCUUUUGGGCUUUCCACUGGGGGACAGCCAUUGUUGGAAAGUCCGAUUUAACGUGUGGGCCGUUCUAAUACAUCCUGUGAGUGCACACUCUGUCAACUCUGUGUCCCUAGAGAACGAUCACUGCCCUUCUACAUUGUAUUUGGGAUUGGAACUAACUUCUUUGAGACAGUGUGACUUCCUGAAUUCUCCUUUACUUAUUAAAUGUGAGCUAGAAAAUAUAUUUUGGUAAAAACAUAUUGUUUCAGAUAAGGAUUUAUAUAAAGGUCUCUAAAAGAUUUUUUUCUAACACAAUGAUAAUUCCUAAAUUCAAAACUCUAUAGCAUCAAGAUAAAAUGGAUGCCAGAUUCUCUGUUUACAACAAUAAGAUUUUCUUGACGUAUUGAUCGGUUCUUAGUAAUGCUUACAAAAGCUGGUCUCAGGAAAAAGAAGAUUUUGUUUUAAUUUUUUACUAAAUGGGAGUAUUUAAACCUGUGAUUUGAUUUCUCCAGAUGUGUUGGUAUGUUUUCCCACUGGGUAAAGCUAUCACUUGCUGGAUGGAUACUACUGUAACACCAAAAAUGAAAAAAAAAGUUACAAAAUGAUUUCUACUUGGAACAUACCUGAUAAAUUACAUAAUAAUUGUAAAACUUACUUUACUGCUCAAAAUCUGUUUAUAAAUUUGGCCUGUUAUAUAAACUUAGGAUGGGCCCGUUGUGCUGGAUAGUUUUGGGUCCAGUUGACACAGGAUAGAGUCUUGGGGUGGGUGGAAGCAGAACCUAAAUUGAGAAAUUGCCUCCACAAGACUGAGUUCUUAAUUAGUAAUUGAUGGGGGAGGGCCCAGCUGACUGUGGGUGGUGCCAUCCCUGGGCUGGUGCUUCUGGGUUCUAUAAGAAAGAAGGCUGUAAGCAAGCCAGUAUUCAGCACUCCUCCGUGGCCUCUACACACUAGCUCCUGUCUCCAGGAUCCUACCCUGACUUCCUUCUGCUGUGGACUAUGAUGUGGAAUUGUAAGCCAAGUAAGCCCUUUCCUCCCCAACUUGCUUUUGGUCAUGGUGUUUUAUCACAGCAGUAGUGUAUCCCUAACUGGGAUACCUGUCAAACUCAGUCCUCUAGAUUGACAGGUGAACAGCCAUCAGUAAUAAUUUGGAAGUUUUUGACAGUAAGUCCCUGGGAAGUAAACACAACCAAACGGUUUCAUUAGUGUCUUUCCUUUUUAAAAAAGGACAGGAUCACACUUUAUUUUUCUCAAAUCCUACUAUUUUUGAGGGAUGUUUUAAAAAGUUGCUUGGUUUAUUUCUCAAAGGUAAAGUGGUGCUGAUCUUGAUUCUGUUAGGAUGUCAGGUAAAGACAGUAUUAGGUUCCCCACAUCUGAUUACUUAGGCCUGCUGUACUCGGAGCACCUGGGGGUAGCUGGAUUUAAACUUGGGUAGUCUCAGCUAGGGCUCCUGUCUCCUUCAUGGCCGUUAUGUGUUGCUUUCAAGUGGAGCGUGUGCCUGCUACGACAUUGGCUACUGCUGUGUGGUGCCUGUGUUAGAACUAAAGUGAGUCUAUAGCUCUGCUGUCAGAAUUUCAAUGGCGAGUUUGCUGCUUUGAAUAAGAGUGGCCCCUGGAGGCUCGUAUAUAUGGGUGCUUAGUUACCAGGAAGUGUGGCCGUGUUGGAGGAGGUAUGUCACUGGGGGUCGGCCAGCAUUGCUCUGUCUCUGUCUAUCUGCCUGUUUCUGUCUUUCUGUUUCUCUGUGUGUGUGUGUGUGUGUGUGUGUGUGUGUGUGUGUGUGUGUGUGUCCAUGCCUGCCUGCCUGCCUGCUGCCUGCCUAUAGAUCAGGAUUUAGCUCUCAGCUACUUCUUCAGCUCCACAUCUACCUGCUGCUAUGCUCUCUACUAUGAUGUAAUGAAACUGUAAACACACCCCCAAUUUAAAGCUUUCUCUUGCCUUGGUCAUGGUGUCUCUUCACAGCAACAGAACAGUGGCUAAGACAGUGCUGUUACAGCUCCAGAGCCAAACAAUCUUGGGCUGUCUGAGGUACUUGUUUUGUUUUGUUUUCCCAUCUAUUAUCUACAUCCUCUCCAGUGUAAUCAGAUUAAAGGACUUUUCCUAGCUGUAAACAAGAUAUUUUAAAAGUAUUUUUAUAUAUAUAUAUAUAUAUAUAUAUAUAUACAUAUAUAAAAGAAAAGACUAUAUUUUCCUGAUGAUUUUACCAGUGUCUCUCUUGCUUAUACAAAGUCAGACUACAACUAUGCCAAAUACCACCGUCUCAUUGUUGGUCCUGCAUCAAAGUCCUUAUAUCUGGGUUCCCUUGGUCAUUCCUCCAUUGCAUAAAGGUCAGCAGAAACAGAGAUUUAAGUCCUUUGGUGCUCCCAUGUCAGUUGGAUAUAACCACAGUGAUCUGAUGUCCACCUCCUAAGUUAUUUCAGAGUCUCAAGUUUUGAAGGAAAACCAUUAGGUAGCUGGCUUGGUGACCAUGGAAAAGGACACCCCCUCACUGCAUCUUCCUUCAAAGUUUCUGAUCCCAGAGACUGCCACAGGCUUCCUGGUUAGGAUAUUGCCCUUAUCCAGCAGAAGAUAAUGACAGAAAUGACAACUAUACCUUCUUUUGGAGUGUCAUACCAAUUUAAACCUCCAUUUGGGUUGACAUAUGACAAUUACCAAACUAAUUUGGUUUUCAGAACUAAGGUCACUUGUUCCACUAGAUUUCUCCCUCUCUACCCUGUUGACCACAUGUGAUGUUUAUCACCUAACAUUAUAAGAGAGUGUAAGGUGGUUCAUUGUUGAUGCUAUUAUGAGCCUUCUGUUUAUUUUAUGGGAGGAUCCCUUAAUCCUGAAGGCUUGGACCCUAUUUUCACAUUUCUUGGUACACAUUAACGGAAGUGUUCUACUAGAGUGGACUUGCUAUACCAGAGGGAAAAUGAGCAGUCAACUUUAUUGAGUCACAUAAAAGUAAUUGAAUUAAUUUUCAUUUACUUCAAACUAUUACUUAAAAAGUCCACAGAGGCUGUUUUAAUGGGAUGUCUGUAACCGUCCCAAGACCUGAUAUCUCUGAGUGAGUGGUUUUCUCCCUGCUAGGGACACUGAAAGCUAAUUUCUCUGAGAGGUUUUCUCUCUGCUAGAGACACUGAAUGCCAAAGUAGAUUCUUUGUUUCCAUGACUCGAUAAGUGUCGUAGAACGCCCAGGGGAGUGUGUCAGCAGAGGGACCAAGGCUUGGAUUUCAGGUAGAGAACGGAUUCGACGUGACAGACAGACACAAACUCGAGGUGUGUGUUGUUGUGAAAAGCUUUACUUCUUGGCUUAGAUUUAAGCAGUUAGAACAGGUAUAUUAUAAUUGGCAAUCAUCCAAUUCAUUACCCCACCAAUGUCCCUUGCAAGGAGGAAAUCUGAACGUACAGUCUAGAAACAAUUCUCAGCCGCAAACAAUAGUUUAAAAAACUACAGUUAUACUGCCAGAUUUGUGGGCACCAGGUAUGUAUUCAUCAUUUAUCUUUGUCAUAAUAAAGUUUAAACUCUAUACUUUGGCCCCUCAGAUUAGUAAGGAAACUUUUGUAACCAUAGUUAACUCUUGAUAAGUUUGUUCAACUUGUUGGAACUUGUCUAUGAUCUUUUAAAAUAAUCAUCAUUAUUUUUGAAUCAUGCUAAACAAAACUUUUCCAAAAGGGGGGAAAGGCUUUUCUGGAACAGUCAUGUUGUUAGUAACUGUAAUUAAUUUCUCUCCUAUUUACUGGGAGCUAAUGGAUACAGCAGUUGAAUUCAUCGCAGCCGUUGAGUUUAUCAGGACCAUGAUGUUGUGAGAUGUUUCCGUCUCUGAACUUUCAGUUCCUGAAACAUCUAAAGGUGUGAGCCUUCUAAGUAGCAUAUGGCAAAAAUUUAGGCCAAGCUGUGAAGCCCCUGUGGUUAAGGACCUGUGCCUUCUGUACUUCUCUGCUGCUGUGGAUGGCCCCGGCUGUCUUGACUGCCAUUCCCAAUAGGAUGUCACUGAGAUCCCUCAAAUGGAGCCUCCUGCUGCUGUCCCUGCUGAGCUUCCUGGUGAUCUGGUACCUCAGCCUUCCCCACUACAAUGUGAUUGAGCGUGUGAACUGGAUGUACUUCUAUGAGUAUGAGCCAAUUUACAGACAAGACUUUCAAUUCACACUCAGGGAACAUUCGAACUGCUCUCAACAAAACCCAUUCCUGGUCAUCCUGGUGACCUCUCGUCCCUCAGAUGUGAAAGCCAGACAAGCCAUUAGAGUUACUUGGGGCGAGAAAAAAACCUGGUGGGGACACGAGGUUCUUACAUUUUUCUUACUUGGCCAGGAGGCUGAAAGGGAAGACAAGGUAUUAGCAUUGUCCUUGGAGGAUGAACAUGCUCUCUAUGGCGACAUUAUACGGCAAGACUUUUUAGAUACCUACAAUAACUUGACCUUGAAAACCAUUAUGGCUUUCAGGUGGGUAAUUGAAUUUUGCCCCAAUGCCAAGUAUGUCAUGAAAACAGACACCGAUGUUUUCAUCAACACGGGCAAUUUAGUCAAGUAUCUUUUAAACCUAAACCACUCAGAGAAGUUUUUCACAGGCUAUCCUCUAAUUGAAAACUAUUCCUAUAGAGGGUUUUUCCAUAAAAACCACAUUUCAUACCAAGAAUACCCGUUCAAGGUGUUCCCUCCCUACUGCAGUGGGCUGGGCUACAUCAUGUCCGGCGACCUGGUGCCGAAGAUCUACGAGAUGAUGGGCCACGUGAAACCCAUCAAGUUUGAGGAUGUCUAUGUCGGCAUCUGUCUGAAUUUGUUAAAAGUGGACAUUCAUAUUCCAGAAGACACAAAUCUUUUCUUCCUGUUCAGAAUACACUUGGACGUGUGUCAGCUGAGACGGGUGAUUGCAGCCCAUGGCUUUUCCUCCAAGGAGAUCAUCACCUUCUGGCAGGUCAUGCUGAGGAACACCACCUGCCACUACUAAGCCCUUAUGUCAUCCGGCAGGAGGAGGAAGGCACUAUGCAGAAAGAGUCAGAGUUAGCACUGCAGGCUUGCCUGGACGUCACUCACGGAGCCUACCUAGACUGGAGCGCCAAGGCCUGAACUUACAGUAUUUGUUUAACUUGGAUCCUUUAAAAGUGAUGAUCAGGAGUCAAACAUCAAGCAAAUGAAUGGUUUUGCUAAUAAAAUCAAACGGUCAGACAGUCUGGAUGACUCAGGCUGUAGAUUAGAAUUUCUUAAGAUUUCCCUGAAAGAAAAACUAACCAUUCCACAGCCAGAAGAUAGUGUGGAGUUGUACUUAUUAGAUAGUCUAGUCACAGUGGUUCAGUGCAUAUCUUAGGUGGUUAUUAUUAAAAGAUAUACACAUACAUAUUUCUUGUAAAAAGCUUUACUGAAGUUAUAUUGAAAAAAUUCAUUUGUAUUGUUUCCUUUGCAAGGUACUGAAUGAUAUGGACUGCAGAGGUACCAAGUCAAUUAUUAUUUAAUGUUAUUUCAACUUUCUAAGUGUUUAAAUGUUAUGAUGGUUUCAGUCUAUAGUGAAUUGCCUUUCGCAUUUGAGCUUUGUUUUAUUUACUGUACUGAGCAGUUUAAUUCUGAAAGUCCCAUUACUGUGACGUCCUAGGUUAUUACUGUCAGUAGUUUGUUGAACUUUGUUGCACUGUAAACAUAUGGAGAAUUAAAGCAAAAAAAAUUUGA